UCGAAGACUCCCAUUUUUCUCAGCCGUCCCUUUACCACGUAGAUUUGCUUGCACCGGAGCACACGGACGAGCAAAUUUCAGUUGUCGUCGGCGUUCAAUUACCGUGCAGGUUAUGGGGAAGACUUCAUGGUUAUUAUUGACUGGCUGUUUAUGUCUGCUUGCCCUCUCGAACGGGAGAGAACUCAAGGCUAAGCAGAAAAGUCAUCAUGCCUUCUACAACCAUACGCUAGCUACAAUAUUAGUGGAAUAUGCUUCUGCGGUAUAUGUGUCGGAUUUGACAGAACUUUUUGCUUGGACUUGCUCCAGAUGUAAUGGUUUAACCAAGGGAUUCGAAAUUAUAGAGCUGGUUGUUGAUGUUGAGCAUUGCUUACAGGGGUUUGUUGGAGUGGCAAAGGAUCCUAAUGCCAUAAUCAUUGCAUUCAGAGGAACUCAGGAACACAGCAUCCGGAACUGGAUUGAAGACUUAUUUUGGAAGCAGCUUGAUAUAAACUAUCCAGGCAUGCCUGAUGCAAUGGUACACUAUGGAUUCUAUUAUGCAUACCAUAACACAACUUUGCGUCCUGCAAUUAUAGAUGCUGUUAGAAGAGCAAAGAAAUUUUAUGGAGACGUUGAAAUUAUUGUGACAGGGCAUUCAAUGGGUGGGGCAAUGGCAGCGUUUUGUGGACUUGAUUUGACGGUCAAUGAAAAUGCCCAGAAUGUUCAGGUUAUGACAUUUGGACAACCCCGUGUUGGCAAUGCUGCUUUUGCAUCUUAUUAUAGCCAACUUGUGCCAAAGACUAUCCGAGUCACAAAUGAGCAUGAUAUUGUUCCUCAUUUGCCUCCAUACUAUUCUUAUUUGCCACACAAGACAUACCACCACUUUCCAAGAGAGGUAUGGAUUUAUAGCAUGAGAUUUGGAAGUCUUGUUUAUAAAGCUGAGAAAAUUUGUGAUAGAACCGGUGAAGAUCCAUCUUGUAGCAGGUCAGUGAGUGGGAAUAGCAUCUCAGACCACUUAAUCUAUUUUGGUGUUACAAUGCACUCAGAGAAUCCAGCAUGCAGUCUGAUGGAUCCACACGUUCUGGGCUAUAGUGUCAGAGAUCAAGGAGGAAACUUAAUAUUAUCCAGAGAACCUGCAGCUUCCCUUCUUGAAUUGAGCACCGACGUUCAAAUUCAGGGAAAGCAUCUUAGGGUUUGAUUUAAUCCGCAUGAGUUGCGUAUAGCAAGGGCUGUGCAAGAGAUCGGCUGUGGAGGUAUUAUACUUGAGCAUGAUUUAUGCUUUCUUCAGGAUCCUGGCAGACGGCAUGAGCCAUAAAAAAGAUGAAUCUUGUCCUCAUCUGACCGAACUGAAGGGAGUUUGUGUACAUAGUAAAAGUGAACGAAUUCUGUAUAUUCUCACCUUUGUAAAUAUCACAAGAACUAAUUUUUAGGUAAAAUUCCAUGUGUGUUUGCUAGCAGAUUCUU